AUGGCUGACGAUUUGUUACCUUUGCUUGGACUUGAUCUGUACGGAGAAGGACAAUCUUCUGAAGACGAAAAUGAAGUGGAUGCAGAACAGGUAGAAGUUGAAAUGAUGGAAGACACUGAUCGAAAAAAAGAUAAGAAAAAAAGUUCUAAUGACAAGAAAAAAGAUAAAAAGAAAGAUUCCAAUCAGAAUAUCAACUAUGAUCCAUCGUUACCCACAGCUCAUUCAUACCUUGGGACAGACUUGCAAGAAUACAGUGGUCGUACAGUAUUGGAGGAUGAUUGUUAUAUGUCGCUACCAUUAUUAACGUUACCAAAUGUUGUAUUGAUACCUGGACAGACCUUACCUUUACACUUAUUCCAACCCAGACUAGUGUCCAUGAUGAAACGUGUACUGCAGACAGAUAGGACAUUUGGAUUGGUCACUUGGAGAUACGACAAUGCGCCCAUGACAGGACCCACUCUUGCAAAAAUUGGAACAACAGCUGAAAUAUACUCAGUGAAAGAGGAAUCAGAAGCAGGUAUCGAUACGAUAAGGAUAAAAGCAACAGGGAGACAACGAUUUGAAUUGAUUGAGACCAGAAGACAAGUUGAUGGAGUAACUAUGGCAAAGAUUAAAAUUCUUGCGGAAGCUGAUCUCCCAGAUUGUUUACAAGGUGCACGACUUGAUUCACACAAUAGAUUUAGAAUGAACAGUGUCCGCAGUAUGAAGCCACCUGAAUGCAGUGGAGAUGCUGCAUCAAAUCUACAGACACAAGUUAAAAAAAGAAAACGUUCAGCAGCUGAUUUCACAUGGUGGCCUUUUUGGAUAUAUGAACAGUAUGAUGCAGAGUUACUCAUAAAUAGAAUUAAAAAAGAGUUAUCAGGAUGGUACGAAGGAACGCAAACUAAGUUAUCGAAUGUGCCGUCCAACCCUACAGACUUCUCUUUCUGGGUUGCCAGCAAUUUACCAUUGGAUGAUGGUUGGAGGUUACAUUUACUAGAAAUAAACUGUGCAGUACAGAGGUUGAGAUGUGAACUUGAUCUUAUGAGAAAGUGUACUAUACUUUGUUGUAAAGAAUGUGGUCAACAGAUUGCCAACAAGCGUGAUGUGUUCAGUAUUUCAUUGGAUGGUCCUAUGGCAGCCUAUGUUAACCCAGGUGGUUAUGUGCAUGAAACCUUCACACUGUACAGAGCAUCAGGACUUAACCUCAUGGGGAGACCGUCUGAAGAAAACAGCUGGUUUCCGGGAUAUGCCUGGACGAUUACACAAUGUAGAGGUUGUGCCAGUCACAUGGGUUGGAAAUUUACAUCAGUGAAGAAAAAGUUGAAACCAGACAAAUUCUGGGGCCUGUGCCGUUCAUCGCUCAUUCCAGGGCUAUUGGAUCAAGACAGAGACUCCAAUUGGCAACCCAUUAUGUGAAAAACUGUUUUCAGCUAGGGAGUAUGGUAACUCUCUUGACUAAUCAUAUACUUCCUAUGAUUUAUGGAUUAUUCUUACAAUCUUGAAACGAUUGUAACUUAAAUAAAAC